AUGGCCGCCGCUGCUACUGCAGAGUCUUCUGUUCAACCUGAAAAUAAACAUUAUGGCAUACCGAAAGCUACUUUCAUGGAGGAUGUCGAUGAAUACAUGUCUGGUGAUAGAACCGCAGAGUCUGUUUUGAAGGAUUUGGACGAACAGCAUCAAAAAUAUAAAUUUAUGGAAUUGAACUUGUUGCAGAAAAAGAAAAAGCUACGCGAGCAAGCUCCUGAUAUUAAAAAGACAUUGGAUACAGUGAAAUUUUUGAAAACUAGAAAGGAGUCUGAUAGUACCAUUGAAUCGAAAUUUUUACUAUCGGAUCAAGUCUAUGCCAAAGCUACUGUUCCUCCAACGGAUAAUGUUUAUUUGUGGCUUGGGGCUAAUGUCAUGCUUGAAUAUGAGAUCGACGAUGCUAUAGAAUUGCUCGCCAAAAAUUUAACUUCAGCUGAACAAAGUUUAGCCAAGAUGGAAGAGGACUUAAAUUUUCUAAGAAAUCAGUAUACGACUGUGGAAGUCAAUAUGGCUAGGAUAUAUAACUGGGAUGUUAGACAACGUAUGGAUACCGGUAAAGCGUCAGAAAAGAAGGUCGCCACGUCUAGUUAG